GCAGCGGGAACCGAUGUGCAAUUUGGCCCCAUGAGGCUUCACCGAGAACAACUUCAGGUACUCUUAGUGUUUGCCAAAGAAGACAACCAGAGCAAUGGCUUCUGCUGGGCCUGUGAAAAAGCAGGAUUCCGCUGCAGCAUUGCCAGGACACCUGAAUCUGCCCUUGAGUGUUUUUUGGAUAAACACCAUGAAAUCAUCAUUAUUGAUCACAGGCAUUCGAGAUACUUUGAUGCAGAAACGCUAUGCAGGUCAAUUAGAACAACAAAACCAUCUGAAAACACUGUUAUUAUUGGGGUCGUGCGGAGACAUGCAGAUCGCGAAGAGUCGUCCUUAUUGCCCUUUCUUGCUGCAGGCUUCACAAGGAGAUACGUCGAAAACUCGAACAUCAUGGCUUGUUACAAUGAACUCAUACAGUUGGAAUUUGGAGAAGUACAGGCACAAUUUAAACUAAGGGCUUGUAAUUCGAUAUUUACGGCAUUAGAUAAAAGUCAAGAAGCCACCGAGAUUACAAGCGAAGACCACGUAAUACAGUAUGUAAAUCCUGCCUUUGAAGCGGUAAUGGGCUAUCAGAAAGGCGAAUUAGUAGGAAAGGAACUAACAGAAGUGCCUACAAAUGAAAAAAAAGCAGAUUUCCUUGACACUAUAAAUUCUUGCAUCAAGUUUGAAAAGGAAUGGCAAGGAACUUACUAUACCAAAAAGAAAAAUGGCGAGAGCAUACAACAAAAUGUGAAGAUCAUACCUGUCAUUGGACAGGGAGGAAAAAUUAGACACUAUGUGUCACUUAGUAGACCGUGCGACGACAAUAAUAAGGCGGAAAAAAUCUGCGAACGGGUUCAAGCCGAGUCCCAGACAGAUAUCCAGACCUGCAGACACAAAGACAGGAGAAAAGGCUCUCUCGACGUCCGAUCCACUACCUCUCGAGGCAGUGAUGGAAGUUCUCAGAGGAGGCACUCGUCCAUGGCCCGCAUACAUUCCAUGACAAUCGAGGCACCUAUAACCAAGGUAAUCAAUAUUAUCAACGCUGCUCAAGAAAGCAGUCCCAUGCCAGUGGCCGAAGCGUUGGAUAGAGUCCUGGAGAUCUUGAGGACUACUGAGUUGUAUUCUCCGCAGCUUGGCACAAAAGAUGAAGAUCCCCACACAAGUGACCUUGUCGGUGGCUUGAUGACGGAUGGACUACGAAGAUUAUCGGGGAAUGAAUACAUAUUAUCUGCAAAGCAAACCCAUCAAGUACCGGGCAGUUUGAUCUCACCCAUCUCCCUGAACGACAUCCCGCCCAGCAUAGCUCAAGCAAUGGAAAAUGAAGAAUAUUGGGAUUUUAAUAUUUUUGAAUUGGAGGCUGCAACUCAUAAAAGGCCUUUAGUUUAUCUUGGCCUCAAACUCUUUGCCCGCUUUCGGAUCUGUGAGUUUCUCGGUUGCUCUGAGUCUACUCUGAGGUCUUGGUUGCAAGUCAUAGAAGCCAAUUAUCACUUAUCCAACUCUUACCACAAUUCAACCCACUCGGCGGACGUGCUGCACGCCACGGCCUACUUCCUUUCUAAAGAAAGAGUGAAGCAAACCUUGGAUCCCAUUGAUGAAGUUGCUGCGUUGAUAGCUGCCACUGUCCACGAUGUGGAUCACCCUGGGCGAACCAACUCUUUCCUGUGCAACGCAGGAAGCGAACUGGCCAUUUUGUACAACGACACGGCCGUGUUGGAAAGCCACCACGCAGCCCUGGCCUUCCAAAUCACCACCAGGGAUGAUAAAUGCAACAUUUUUAAAAACAUGGAGAGAAAUGAAUACCGAACACUGCGACAAGCCAUUAUUGACAUGGUCUUGGCCACGGAAAUGACCAAACAUUUUGAGCACGUCAACAAAUUUGUCAACAGUAUAAACAAGCCCUUGGCUGCCGUUGAGGACAAUGGGAGUUCAAAUGGCGAUGGGGAUCCCAUCAAAAACGUCCUGACGUCUCCUGAGAAUCGAAUCCUGAUCAAAAGGAUGCUAAUUAAGUGUGCUGAUGUUUCCAACCCCUGCCGUCCGUUGGAACAGUGCAUUGAGUGGGCAGGUCGCAUCUCGGAGGAAUAUUUUGCACAGACCGAUGACGAGAAAAGGCAAGGUUUACCUGUUGUGAUGCCGGUUUUUGACAGGAAUACCUGCAGUAUCCCUAAAUCUCAAAUGUCAUUCAUUGAUUAUUUCAUCACGGAUAUGUUUGAUGCUUGGGAUGCUUUUGCAGAUCUACCAAAUCUGAUGCAGCACCUAGACAACAACUUCAAGUAUUGGAAGGGGCUGGAUGAGAAGAAGCUGAGGACUCUUCGGGAGCCCCCUGAAUAGCUAUCAGACCAUCGGACAUGUGUAUCGUCCCUCAGGAAGCCGGUUCCUUCAAACUUGCCUUUGGUUUAUGAUUUUUCAGAUUUGUUUGGUCUCUUCGGUAUGACAACAAGAGCUUUUUGUUCCAUGCCGUGGGGAGGUUGGAUGAUCUGAAGAGCCUCAAGGUCAGAAGGACCUCCUUCUCCAUCCAUCAUCUAGCAAUGGAGGAGGUGACUCUACUUUUCAAGCUGAAUUACACUGGAUAGAUGCCCGCAUCCGAGAGAACUGUAGGGUGAGCCUAAUCGCUUGCAUUAUUAGCAUGCUUGGAAGUGAUGUUUGGAGAGACCCUCUUCUUAGGAGAUCUUAGCGUACGGUUCUUCAGAAGAGCAAGUGAAGGAGAGAAAAAAACGCCCCUCACUGUGUGGACUCAUAAAUAUUAUGAGAAUCUUUAUCACGAGCACUAAAACAAUAAAAUAAACUGAAACAGGUACAUGGAACAAUCCGACACUGACAAUAUGAACUCUUCCUGAAAGAGCUCUCCUUUUUUUUUAUCUUCUCAAAUGGACUUAGCUGUAUUUUUUCACGUCGCUGAAAGGGCAGCCACUGAGUCCUGGGCACUACUGCGAAAGAGUUCUCUUCCAAUUUAGUCGCAAAUGGAAGCAGACCAAUGGACGCCUCCCUCCCCCUUGCCCCUGUAGAUUUUCUGAAGCUGAUCGUUAGGCACCUCUGAUUA